UGCAAAUGGAUUUUGGGGUUUAAAAGAGAAGGCCACUGGUCUUGACAAAAUUUGAUCCAGGAACUGAGAAGUACUGCAGUCAGUGCUCUGCCUCUACAUGCUGUAAUGGGGAACAAUCUUACUAGAGUUGGAUCUGUGUAUAUUUUGCACGUAUGGCUAUGAUUUAAACAUUUUAUCUUUGAGUUUGGAGUAUCCUUCAACCGGUACAACAAAAAGGUUCUUACAGUGUACUGUUUGCCAUGAGAAAUUUCCAUCCAUUAAAAUCGGAUUAACAGGAACGAUGUGAGGGGAAAACAGAACAACCCGGACACAUUUCGGAGACGGACUGGAAACAAACGCAGGGUCGACGCUGGAGGGAGAUUUGAGAGGCGCAUGGAAGACCGUCGGCCUCAAACUUUGCCGAGGACGUUAGUGGUCGAUUUAUUUCCCGCGUUAUCGUAAUAUUUUACCUCCUGCUAUCAUGGAAUCAGACGCCGACAUAAAAACGACGCCGAGAGGGUUUCACUGCAUUCUGUGCAAUGUCAAUUUACCAAACAUGCCAUCUCUGGAUCAGCAUGUCAAAGGGCGGAAACAUCAGACAUUGAGCACUGUGCGGGCCACCAGAAAGACCCAGGAGGAUCACAGUGUGUUUGUCAGUGGCUUCAAGCCUGACAUCUCUCAGACUGACAUAGCUGAGUACUUCCAGCAGUUUGGGCCGGUCACAGAUGUUAUCAUGGAUAAAGACAAGGGUGUGUACGCCAUCGUACAGUUCAGUGAGACUCAGAGUAUACAGGCAGCCCUGUCCUGUGUUGAGCAUCAAAUGAGGGGCCUGAAGCUGCAUGUCAAACCCCGGGAAAAGAAGGAGUUCAAAUUGAUUCCCAAGAAGAAGAGUGACUCCCAGAACCUCCAACAAGUUCUCAACCAUCUCAAACCUGAGCUGUGUCAGUUGUUCUCUGUGGAUGCACAGAUGCAGUGCAUUGUCGAGCGAUUCCAGCUGGGAGAAAAUGAAAAGAAGGCCCGAGGCUUGCUGGUUCAACUCCUGCAAGAGAUUUUUGUAGAGUUUUUUCCAGACAGCCAGAUUCUUCCAUUCGGUUCAUCUGUCAACACUUUUGGCAUCCACUCCUGUGACCUAGACCUCUUCCUGGACCUGGAAAACAGCAAGGUGUUCCAGGCCCGUGCCAAGUCCACCACAGAACAGGCAGGGGAGGGCAUGUCGGAUGAUGGGCGCUCUGAGGACUCCAUCCUGUCUGAUAUUGACUUGUCCACAGCCUCUUCGGCAGAGGUCCUGGACCUUGUGGCAGCAAUCCUUAAGCGCUGUGUCCCCAGUGUGCACAAAGUCCAUGUGGUCAGCAGUGCUCGUCUCCCCGUGGUCAAGUUCCACCACCGUGAGCUUAACCUGCAAGGGGAUAUCACCAUUAACAACAGACUAGCAGUAAGGAACACCCGCUUCCUCCAGCUUUGUUCAGGGAUGGAGGACAGGAUGAGACCUUUGGUGUACACCAUCCGCUACUGGGCUAAGCAGAAACAGCUGGCUGGUAAUCCCAGCGGUGCCGGUCCCCUUCUCAACAACUAUGCUCUGACACUGCUGAUCAUCUUCUUCCUGCAAAACUGUGAGCCUCCUGUUCUCCCCACAGUGGAUCAACUUAAAGACAUGGCCUGUGAGGAGGAAGAGUGUGUGAUUGAGGGCUGGAACUGCACCUUCCCUAGUCUGCCCAUUUCUGUGCCCCCCAGCAAGAAUACACAGGACCUCUGCAGCCUGCUAUCUGGCUUCUUCUCCUUCUAUGCUAAGUUUGAUUUUGCCAGUUGUGUCAUAUCUGUCAGGGAGGGGCGUACACUCCCAAUUACUGAUUUCCUCACAGAGAAUAAAGAGGAGGAGGCCAUGCAAGAGGGAAAACCCACCAAGACCCCUUACCACAGUCCCAAACUGGGCCCCCUAAAUCUUUUGGACCCCUUUGAACUCUCCCACAAUGUAGCUGGAAACCUGAAUGACCGCUCGCAGCGCUGCUUCCAGAGGGAGUGCCAGGAGGCUGAGAAGUAUUGCCGCAGCCUGCAGUACCAGCGCAAAUCCACCAAAGGGAAGUCAUGGGGCCUGGUGCGCUUAUUCACCCCCCAUGGGGAAGUCCCACAUAUCAAAACAGAGCAGCUGGCCAUCAGCAUCCCCUUCAAGUCAGCGUCUCUCCCGGAAGUGCUGCGUAGUCAGCUACACAUGGCGGGAGAUGGUUUCCGGCUGCUGUGGUUUCAGAAGGUUUGCGCUGCUGUGGAAGGAGUACUCAAAGGCGUUCUUAGGUGUCACCUGGCUCCCUCCACAGAUGCCGUCUUUGGUGAGGAUUCAGCUGUCCACGCUGCAGAGGAAAUGGAAACUACCUCAGCUUCCCUCAACACAUCAACGAAUGACAGCUGUGACAGUGUUGAAUCCCAGAACGAAGCCAGCCCUCUGGUUACAGCUGUGGUUGGUGCCAAGAGGCCACUGUCUUCUGGCAGUGAUGCUUCUGUGUCACCUCAAGGCAAAAAGCCAAGACUGGCAAGAAGGGGCAAGCCCGAUUUCCCUCAAUGGAUCUGUGUGCAAAAGCACCUAGUGUGGGCUGGCAGGAGGAAAGUGAGACGGGAGCUGAUCAAAGAUACAGACUUGAGGCCAGAGGGUAGCUGUAUGGAAAUGGAGUCCCAAGUCACAGCUCACAUCAUUGAAAAAGAGCAGGAGCUCAAGGAGCCCCUGGAGUUCAAGGUUCAGCCCCAGAUGGUGGGUGGGACAGAAAGCACAAGGGCCGUGCUCAAGUUCGAGCCAACCAGUGACAAAGGAGGAGUUUUUCAUGAUUUCUUUCAUUUCCUGGAACCCUUCUUACCUAAGAUGGUAGAGACAUUGCUAGAGAAAGAAAUAGGUAGUGUUUAAAUGGGACCUAUUUCAGCUAUGUUGCAGUUAAAUCUAAGAAUAUUGGGUUUUGUUUGUUUUCAGUCAAAGAUGCCAUAACUGCCACUUGAAUGAACCUUUGAGAGUGGGACAUGAAAGAGCAUUACUGUGACUUUAUAUAUACAUAUAUAAACCAGCCACCCAGUAUAAUAUUUUGUAUAUGGGCUUUGUCAGAAUUUAGAGUUUGUAAUGCUUUCAUGUAUACUAUAUAUUUUAUAAUUAUGAGUUUGUUUCAGAAUAAGAUUUCCCGAUUAAGCCUACUUUUAUGUUUGAAAUGUGGCUUGGUUUUAGUUAAUUUCUGUUUAAAAUAGUGCUUUUAAAUGUUGAAGCUCUUAAGGGAAACUACAGUGGCAGACAUUUGGUGUACACAGCAUCUGAUGUCCUCAAAUGAAUAAAAAAAAGUCUUUGUAAAACAAUGCCUCAAUACAAUAAUGUGAUUUGUCAGGACCAUACGUACAUUAUUUUGCCUUCAAUUCUUCAUAAAGAACAGUUGCAGGAAAGGGGUCAGUGCUUUGGUUCAGCUUGUGUUGUGCACUGCCAGAAAUGGGCCA